ACUGAAUUAGCCCUUAAACAGACUCUGGUUAUUAGAAAUCUGUACCUAUAUCUUAAGCUGUACCCAAGUAUCUGCUCCUUCAGUCAGAUAAUUGAAAAUUAAAUAUAUAUUUCGGUGCCAACAUAUUCCACAACACAGUACAAUGGGGUCUAUUGGCCUGCACAUAAUGCUGUCAAUUUUGAUAUGGAUGGCGCAAGGAAGUCCUCAACUUCGGAGAGCCAAUGAUCGCCAUGGACAGUGUACGUAUACGUUCACAGUACCCAGUCCUCAAGAGGGCAGCUGCUCAGAACCUGGAGAGGUAAAUACUGCUAUCCAGGAUCUUCGUCGUGAAAACUCAAACUUUCUUCAACAUAUGGACUCAUUGCAAACUCGAGUCACCUUACUAGAGAGGGUAGUGAAUAAGAUGUUAGGAGGAGAGGUUUCAGGGCAUUCAACGUAUGCACCCCAAGCCAGUGAAAAUGUUCAUCAAGAGUUGGAAAGGCUUAGGAGAGAGAAGGAUGAGUGGGAAGGACAGAGGGGCAGUCUGGAGAUGGCGUAUUCUGACUUGCUAAAGGAAAAGUCUUCUUUGGAAGAGGAAAAGCAGAAUUUAAAUGAAAGAUUGGAGAAGGUGCAAGGACAGUGUCCUAAGGUUGCCGAGGUGCCCAGGACCAGAGACCAACAAGUAUCUCCAAGACAGGGUAAGUGUCUGCAGAGCAUGAUAGAUCCAUCUGGGGUCUCCAGAUUCGCCAUGUGUUGUUUGACAACACAUUUUUUACUCAUGCUGCCAUGCCGUAUGUAGAAUUUACAUUUCGUAGGAUUCCUCGUUGAUUAAUGAUUUAAUUCUUUUUUGACGUAUUAAAUUCUACGUUAUAGAAAUCUGCAUUUUUCAGAAGCUGUUCAUUAAUGUGUAUAGGACUUCUAGCAAAGUGUACAUCCCUCUUAUCUUGCAUAUUCAUGUGUCAAAAGAACAAAUGCAAUCUACAUACUUUACUAGAACUGUUAAUAUUAACUCUACUGCAGUUGGGUAGGGGCUGCUUUGAAGAAAAGGUAGAGUAUCUAUUGAAAGUUUUGUUACUUGCGCAGGGCAAAAUGAGUAUAUGAUAAUUAGGAAAUAUGAUGUAUUUAGUUUGGGAAACUUUGUUUUGAUAUCAAUAAAGCAAAAUAAUUGCCCCCAAAUAUAAGCUAAUGUUUGUUGUCAUUUGCCAUUAGGGUAAUUAAAAAAACUGUGUAGGAAAGGAAAAUCACAUUGAAUUCCAGACAAUUCACACUUUUGUGAAUAAUCCUACUAAUGUGUGCGUCCUUACCCUACUGUACAGAAUUGCUGAAUGUAUUACACUGUACUAAACAAAAACUAAAUCUGAGAUAACAUUGUAAAUUGGAUAGCAACCUACUGGCAGGGUAUUUUGGUAUGCAAACUGCGUGGAUCUGUUUAUACAGCUAAGCUGGAGCUCAGCAACCUUAUACAUUUAAAAAGGCAAUGAACUCGCUGAUGAUUAACUAAACCAAACAGUUGAUUUAGGAAGACCUAUAAUGAAAACUUAUUUCAGGCCUCAAUUUUAAUAAACACUACCCUUAAGUAUACGUGUUUUCACAGGCAUAAUCGUGAUCUAGUAACCCUAUUUUUAUGUUGAAAGUCAGUAGCCAGGACAUAUAGAGUUAGAAGGAUAGAAAUGUAUUUACCCUAGACACCUCAUUUCUGCUGUAUCUUUAAAUUGUGAUUUUUUUUUUUUACUGGAUUAAUCAAUAAAGCAGAUUGUGUUAACCACUCUAGGGUGUUUGCCUAGUCUUUCUGUGUGGGUUGUUGACGUUGUAAAUGUGUGAGUGUAGUCAGGGUUCUCUGUGUUUUUGUUGUACAUGUGUAGAACAGCCUCCUUGCAGAGGUGGUAGAGACCAGUACAUUUGGAAAGAAGGCUUGGAUUGUGUGCUGCUGUCCUUAGCAGGAAAACAUAUCACUGUUAAAGUUUUUAGAAUGCAAAUGGGCAGAAUAGAAGUUAUUUAAAAUAAAUCUAGGUUUUUAUGACCAACCUAUGUUUUCAGUUAAUGAUCAAGCAACAUGCAACAUUUGAUUACUGCAAUUUUAUCCAUAAAUAUGAAUGACACUAUAACAGUGCUUCAGAAUCCAAAUGAUCUUGUCCUGCACUAUAUAGCAUUUAUGUCUGCAAGUGAAACACUGGUUUGUUAAUCAAGGUCCUAAAUAAUUGAUUAUAAGAUAGUUUUUUUUUUAUUCUGCAUUUUGUGGGGCUGCUGUUUUCAUUUGCUAUCUACCAAGAAUUCAUAUUAUAUAUUAUGCUAACUGUUAGAUUUAUGCAAAUCCUUAGCUCAGAAAAAAAUUAUGAACAAUAUGCUGUUUGUGAAAGUAUUAGGAUUUCCUGUUCCUGCACUCAGGGUUUGCUGAGAGCUUUGGGAGUUAGGGUAAAAAUUAUUUAUAUUCUACAGUAGGAGAGAAUACCAAACUUUAUUCAAAAUCCAUAACAGCUGUACAGAUAUCACUGAGGGUCUUGGGGCAAGAUUCCUUUUAGUUUAUAUUGGGUUAAUAUGUAUGUUUAACCAAGAUCUGGAUUUUAUUUGGGAUUUUGUGCAGUGCUUCCUGGAAUGCUGCAAAAAUGUCUACUCAUCCCACUAGCUAUGAAAACGCAAAAAAAUAUUAAUAUAGGGAGUGGGACGUUAAACCUAUAUAUAUAUAUAUAUAUAUAUAUCUAUUAAUUAUUAUUAUUAUUAUUAUUAUAUCUAACCUGCAUUAAUGUGGUGUAUAAAAAAAGACUGCAAGGCAAUUAAUACAGAAGAUUGAAUUUGUAUAUGGAACUAUAGCCUGAUCAUUUCUUAUUUCAGCAGUUUCUUACUGGCAUGCUUCAUGUUCCAACUUUGAAAUAGCACUGUUUACGCAGUUUUAGUGUUUUCUGGGUUGGCACCAUUAGAUUGGCACCAAUAGGGCUUGCAUUGCUCUGUAGUAUGUAGCAUUCUAAUGCUGCAAGAGGUAAAUCAGUUAACUAUCUAAGACAGUAUGUUCUAGGUGGUAGGAAAGUAGAGCUGCCAAAUCAGUAUGUCACUGCAGGACUUACAUACAUUGAUUGACUGCACUUGGCAAUAAAUGGAAAGCCUGUAAUUUGGGUGUCUAAUUAGUAAAUUGACUCCAGAAGUGACUUUUGGAUGCCUCUUGCGGCUAAUUAAAUUCACACUGUGAUGUAGUAGGAAUGCUACACACUAUUGGAGGGAUCUUUCAAGUAAAUACUAUAUAUUUUAUGACUGAGAAUUAUGAUCGUUGCAGUCCAUGAGCACAUGGGGUGCUAAAGGGUGAGAAUAUAUCUAUGCUUCAUGUCUCCACUGCAUAUAUGAAAAACUGAAACUGCCAUCAUUCUCAGCCACACAAUGGUAGUUACCAUUUAUUGUACGUAGAUUGUGUUCGGUUUAAUGUUCCUGCACUGUUAGAGUUAUACUAAGAGUAAUGGGAGUUAGGGUUAUGAUUCCCUCCAUUCUACAAUAGGAAGGAUUUCAGAAGUGUAUCCCAUAAAAGCAGUGCAGGAUGCACAGAGGGUGAGAUCCUCUGCUGUCUGCGUAGAUUUAUAUGGAUUCUUAAUAAAGAUUUAGAUUUUACCCUUACCUUUUGUGUAUUGGACACUAACUGGGUUGUUCACUAAAGUGAGAAUUCAAAGUGAAUUACAAAUGUAAGAUCAAUAUAGCUGAACUGGAAAAAAUCUCUAAAUUAGCUAUGCUUUCAGUUCUACUACUCUGGCCUUAACUUUGGAAUUCACUUACAAUUCUUACUUUAAUGAAAAACACCCUGCUAAUGCGUUGUACUGUAUGGGACUGUCAAACUGAGAGUGGGUUCCCACAGUAGAAAAUAAUGGCCCAAUGUCACACCUUAAUUGUAAAUUCCAUGCCUGGUAUAUAUUCUAACUAUGUUCCUGUUAUGGUCAUAAAUUUACAUUAAUGGAAAGAAAAUCUCGCACCAUCCCAAACUAUUUCCACAUGGUCCAGAUUUUAACCCUGCUCCAUCAGUUAUAAAGCCAUGUAAGACACACAGUGCUAAUACUAUUUACACUGUAAUACAGCAUGAACAAUUUCUGGUGUUUGCAUUCACACAUGGAUCAAUAAUUUAAACGAAGUUGCUCUGGUUAUAGGAGGUCUCUGGAGGCACUUUCUCCUCAGUUCCAGUGAGUGUGGAGUGCCGUCAAGCAGGGCUGCUGAGAACGGUCAUCUGACACUAUCAGCUAACCAGUGACUCUCCAUUCACAACACUGGCUUGGUAAGAAACGUUCCUUUUUCAAGCCAGUUUUGUAAAUGGGGUCAUCUGACACUCUCAGCCAAUCAGUGACGCACCUGCCGUGCGGUACUCUGCGCUUCCUGAAAGUUAAAAUUCAGAAGCCAGAUGCAGCCUGUGCAGGAGGAGGGGUGGGGGGAGGAGGAGUGGACAGGCAACUUUGGGGGUAAACCGUGCAAGAGUGGUUCAUUUACAUGAAGUAGUUUUGGUGCCUGGAGUGGCGACAAUAUUUUGUGUGGUAUGUAGUUAGGAACAAGAGAUUAACUACCACUGGACAUUUAGGUGAGGCCUGGUCAAUGCAAGUAAUAACAAUGUUAAUGCAGUACAGUCCCGUAGCUCAGAACCUGUGGGCUAAUGGGAGUAUGAAUAUGAAAGACAAAAGGCCCAGUCUCUGCGUACCCUGGUGAUGGGGUGGAUCUUGUGUUUCUGCAGCUAACAGGUGGGGAUCCUUGGUUGCCGGUCGGCAAGUUUUGUUGCCGCUGGGUGGGACAGAGUUCGUUUUUCACAGGGCCGGCACUCCAAUGCCAUUUCGCUGUAUGCUCAUCCUAUGCCCAUUUGGGGCCUGGGUCUCUGGCUGGUAUGCCGGGCGGUGCUGCUGUGCUUAGUGAUGUGGGUGAUGUAGCCGGUCCAGUCCCGUAUUUGCCGAAGGGGCUGUUGCAACUUGUGAGGAUUUGUAGCCCGACAGGGCUCUGGGUCGGCAUAGGUGGGAUUGGCUGAUGGUCCCUGCAGGUUCGUCUCGUGGGUCCGGUAUGGCGCUUGCAUUUCCCCGCUUGUACUUUGAGGGUCUUCGUUUCAAGGGCUUGGGAGCUUUUGCGUGUUGGCAGCCCUUGUUGUGGCACACCGCUUGCGGCAUCCCAGUUGCUGGGUGUACUUUGGCACGAGCUGGAGUCACUUUCUGAGCCCGCCUCUUGAUAGGUCCUUUCACUGGUCGUGGGUGAUAUUCCUCACCAUUCGGCUGUGGGUGGCACAUAGGCUUGGUGCAGCGCCGCUGCAGCUUCAGCCAGAAUUGCUGGAAGCCAUGUUGGGCGUCUUGAUUAGCGCGGCGUUGUCCAGUGGCACGAUGACUUGCGCCUGAAGACACAGUCUCUGAGGGGACCGGUCUAGGGGGGGGAGGGUGUUGGAGUGCUGUCGUCCUGGGUCCCUUCUCGUAGCUCUGGGGGAUCGUCCGCCUCCCCCAGCCUUGUUCAGGUAGGCCGCAGCAGGGAUCUCAGGGUCUGAGUAGGGUCGACGCUCGUGGGAGGUGUCGUUUUGCUAGCCUGGGUCCCCCUGACCAGAAUUACUCGAUUUGGGUUGGAUAAGGAGAUGUGUCCGCCGGGUUAUAUUGCUUUGUUUAUCGAUAUAGUCAGGAGCUCCGGCGAUCCACGUCUAGCUCGUUUGUGGGUCAGGCUCCGCCCCCCCCACUACUUCUUUCCCCCUCACUAUACAAUUUAGCACUGAUCCCACCUCAUUGUAUCCUCUCCCAUUCCCUGAUGCCAAAUCAUUGGGGACAUUCACUAAAGUGUUGUAUUCUAAUGUGGUACAAAAAUGUAACGUAUUGUCACCAGUGAAAUGUGCCAGCGCAUUCUACUGGUUUCAAUGCUGAGUGCCCUCACUUUUAGUAUUUUAGACCACAUUUUAGAACACUUUGAUGGAUUUCCCCCAAUGAGUUGGCAUCAGGGACUAGGAGAGGAUAGAGUAAGUUGGGCUCAGUUCAAUUAAAAAAGUGAAUUAGAUGAGGUAUAACUUGUUCUGACAUUAUGCCCAAGCAUGUUCUACACAGAAACAUACUUUAUUAAAACUAAUGACCAAAACUAUUUCCCCUAUCCAAAAUGCUGUUUGUUUUGUUUUGAAUCUUUGUGCUCUGAAAUGUAAUGUUCUCCUCCUCCUAAAGAUUGAUAUAAAGGUCACUGGCACAUUGGCAUGAUUCUUUAUGAGCAUUGAGUACUUUUUAAACUGAAAUAUAAUACGUUUUAUAAUAUAGGUAACUGAUUAAAAUGUGUAAUGUUCGGUUUUAAGUAUCCAUUAUCUUGAAUUGUCUAUCAAGCUUAAAACAACUUUUUCAACAUCCAGUACAAAAUAUCCUGUAAAUGUUUUUUUUUUUUUUUUUUUUUAAAAAGUCCAGGAUAUAAAUAAUUAUUUAGAAACUGAACAUCACAGAGAAGUUGAAAAUGUUGAACUAGAAUAAAAAUGCAAACAAACAGAAAUUACACCAUCUCUUAGCUAUUUGGGUAUAACAAAAAAAGUAUGUGAUCUAUGUAAUAAAAAUUGCAUUAUACUUGCAAAUUAGAUGGUUUAUUAUGAAGAAAUAGCGAUGUUUUCCUGGGAAAGAUCAAAGGACUGUAUCAGAAAGGAUUGCAUUUUGUGCACUUUCCAGAGACUUGGGCUCCAAGCUGAUGUGCUGUAAUAUAAUAAAAAGGCUGAAUUUGGAUGAUUUUUUUUUUGUUUUGUCAGGACUGAAUUGUGUCCAUGGACUCAUUCGUUUUCAGAUGAAAUUUGGAUGUUAUUUUCGUUUGAAGAACCCAUUUGGUCAUUAUUUUUGGUUUAGAAUUUGGAAAAUGAAAUUCCAAUUUAGUAGCAACUGAAUCUUUUAGCCGUUUAGUAGAUAGCCCCCUAAAUCCCAAAAGUAUUAGGAAGCUAUCUACUAAAAAGCUGAAAGACCAAAGUUGAUCUUUCAUUCAACUUUACUAAUACUUAGUAUUAAUAAAUAAGGGAGGCUAUCCCAUGAGAAGGUGCAUGUCGACUAAACAGUGAGCAGUUCUCCCCAAUUCAAUAAAGGGGGACCUGACACAUGCCCCCCCCCCCCCGGUGUGGCACCUAUUUAAAUAAUAAACAGGGGGGGGACAUAUAUCACCCUCCAGUCUCCACCCGUGCUCUGCAAGUGGGAGCUAUUAAACUAAAUGGGGAACCUAGUGUCCUCCUCAGCCCCCACCAAGUGCUGGCAGCCUCCAUCCAUUGCCAGCAGGUGUGGGUUCUAAGCAAUAACUAAAUGGGGGACCUUGUGUCCUCCUCGGCCCCCACCAAGUGCCCGCAGGCUCCACCCAUUGCCAGCAGGUGUGGGUUCUAAGUAAUAACUAAAUGGGGGACUUAGGGUCCGGGCAGGGCCGGUGCAAGGAUUCUUGACGCCCUAGGCAGCAAUCCAUUUUGCCACCCCCUCAUGAAGGCAACUACAUUCUCUUACAGGUUUAUUCACUAAAUUCUGAAUUGCAAUGAACACACUGCGUAGAAACACUCAUCCAGUAUAUGCAUCCAUAUAAACACACUGCCUAAUACAUCCAUCCACACAGACUGCCUAUUACAUACAAUCAACCAUAUGCACAUUACAUAAAUCCUCACACACACACACACCACCUAAUAAAUACAUUCAUACACUCAUACUGCCGAAUGCAUAGAUCAAUAGACACAUACUGCCUAAUAAAUAUAUCUACACAUUCUUUUUCAAUUCAUUUGGUGCUGUUUCAUUUGUAAUAAUAUUGAGAUUUAAUUUAUGUUACUACUAACAUUUUUUCGGUUUAAUAUAGAAUUCUAUAAAUAUAGAUUUUAAAUAUAAUUUAAUAUAUAAGUAUCUAAUUACAUGGUCACACACUGUCACUCACACACUGACAUACAUACACAUUUUCACUAACACACUUUCACUGACAUGCAAUGUCACAUACACAUUCUCACUAACACACACUCUCACUGACAUACAUAGUGUUGCUUACACACUCACUGACAUACAGUGCCAGUUACACACUUUCACCAACACAAACACUGACAUACACAGUGUCACUCACACACUUUCACUAACACACUCUCACUGGCAUACAGUGUCACUUAUACAUUCACUGACAUACACAAUGUCACUAACACACACACACUAUCACUGACAUACACACAGAUUCACUUACACACUCACUGACAUACAGUGUCACUUACACACUCUCACUGACAUGCACAAUGUCAUUUACACAGUCACUAACACACACAGUAUCACACACACACUGUCACUGACAUGCACACACAGUUUCACUUACACACACACUCUCAGUGACAUUCACAGUGCCACUUACACACUCUCACUAACACGCACACUGUCACUCAAGCACAAACACAUACCACUUAACAUAUAGUCACACUUUAUUUACACCCACAAACACAGCAAUUCAAUACAUACAGACCAAUUUACCAUCAUACACUCAUACUCAUAAUUAGUUCCCCUUACCUUCAGAUGGACCAUUCAUAAGUGCUGUGAAUGGAGGAGAGGGGUCCAGCCUGCAGGUAGCUGGUGCUGUUCCUAGUGGGGGGAGCAGGAGAGCCGUGCACUGUGAGCACAGGCUACUUCCUGUUCCCCUCAGAGUGCUCCCGGUGUUCACAGGCAGGGGGCAGCCAGGAUACCAAGGCAUGUCCCGGCUCCCCCUGGCUGCAGGAAGCUGAGUGCUCUGUUCGGGUGCUGGGGUUACAGCAUAUCCCGCUCCCGAGCAGGCAAGUGGCUGCAGAGAGAGCCCAGCAGCUGAAUGGCUGCGCUGGGGGGUGGCUAAGAAGCCGCUCACCCAGCACACCAGCCCCAGGCAGCAGCAGGGCAGCCCACCAGGAAAAUUCCCGGUAGGCGCCCCCCAGAGGCCGGCGCCCUAGGCGAGUGCCUUAUUCGCCUUAAUGGUAGCGCCGGCCCUGGGUCCGGGGACCAGAAGUAAUAAAGGGUAAGGGGAUCUAUUGUUCCCCCGCAGCCUCCACCCAUUGCCAGCAGGUGUGGGUUCUAUUGCCCCCCUGUCCCCACCCAUUGCCUGCAGGUGGGAGCACUAAGUAACAAGGGGGGGCGACAAUCAGUUCUACCUACCACCCAUUAGUGGUGACUCUAAGUAAUAAAGGGGAGAACCUAUUUUCCCUCCCAGCCUCAACCCAUUGUCAGCGAGUAGGGGCCCCAAGUAAUAAAAGGCAGGUGGGGGACCUAAGUAAUAAGGGGAGGUAUGACUAAGGAGUCCCUAGUAACCCCCCCAAUAAAUAAAUACCCUACCUACCUCCCUCACCUUAUUAAUAAUAAGGCGAGGAAUAAACUAAGUAUUUAUAAAAUAUAACAGACUUACUAUAUGUCUUCUUUUUUCUUCAAUUUUCUUUUUUGAGGCCCAAAAAAGGCCUAAUAAAAAAACAUAAACUCCAUUGAACUAAUAAAAUGUAAAAAAGACUUGAAAGCAAAAAAUAAAAUUAAACACCCUGGAAAAAAAAUCCCAACCUUAAAAAAUAAUCCACUAUUAGAACAAAUGACGAAAUCCAGGGAGUGAAUGUCUGCCACAAGGUGAUCAAAGUAAGGGCCUUCGCAGACUACAUAUUACUAUACCUAACAUAUCCACACACCACACUUCCAGUAGUUAUGCGGAUGAUAGCAGACUAUGGGAAGGUGUCCUAUUACUCUCUCAACGCAUCCAAAACACAGGCACUAUGCAUAUCCCUUCCAAAUACCCUGGUCAAACAACUCCAACAGACCUACAAAUUCGAAUGGAGGACGGACACCCUCAAAUACUUAGGGAUUACUUAUACGAGGGCCCAUACAGACCUAUUCGCUGCAAACUAUGUGACUGUAUGGAGUAGCUGCCGUACCCUACUUAAGAAAUGGUCCCCCAUGUUCUUGUCCUGGACAGAGAGGGUCAUAGCGAUCAAAAUGUCGAUCCUCCCUAGACUGCUCUACUUGUUUCGCAAUUUGCCACUGGAGCUCCCCAGGUCCUUCUUUAAAAUGGUCCAAUUGGACAUAAACCACUUUGUAUGGAAAGGGGGCAGACCUAAGGGGACCCAAGCCCUGCUUAACGCGCCUAAACAUGAGGGGGGAUGGCGCUACCCAAUAUCCAUACGUAUUACUAUGAAUCUGUCAUAGCCACUGCCCUUCCCCAUUUUCUUCACGACCCACCCCCGCAGUGGGUACACUUAGAGCGAGGGCUUAUUGCCCCACAUGCCUUAGCCAAUAUAGUAUGGAUACCCAAAAAAUUUAGACCACAGCUGCCUUGUGCAUCCCCAACGAUUAGAUUACUUUUGCAGAUCUGGGACAAACAUACAACCCUACUAAGUGGCCACACAGGCCUAUCAUUGGCAACACCAAUCACAUCACUCGCAUACUGCAUCCCCACAUUCCAAGCCUCGCCGUGGCACACUCGAGGUGUCACCCAUCUGGAGCACUUGUACAAACAGGACGUACUACUGAGCUUUGAAGUGCUAGAAAAGCAGCACUCACUGCCUAGGGCAUCCCAUUACUCCUACAUCCAGCUAAGAUCGUUCCUGAUCAAGCACCACUGUAGGGACGCUGCAUCCAACACACUGCCCUCUACACCUAGCGUGUGGGAAAAAAUGUGUAUUACUGGGUUACUCCCUUCUAUAUGUAAACCGAUCUCCAUGAGUUACCGACUACUCUCAAAGCACUUACCAUUUGCUGUCUCAAAAAUAGCACGGCUAUGGGAAACUGACCUAAACUGCUCUCUCCCAAACAAGAGUUGGGAACGCAUCUUCCGAUUACCUCGCCUCCUGAUUAAAUCGUCUAUCCAUAUAGAACAACAUUACAAGACGAUGUAUAGAUGGUACAUGGUACCGAGUAAACUACAUAGAAUAUACCCAAACACCUUGAGUGUGUGCUGGCGAUGCAAUGGAGCAGAGGGCACAGUCUUACAUAUUUGGUGGUCUUGCCCCUGCAUCCAGACCUUCUGGGCGGGUAUCCACAAAAUGGCACCGGCGGCAACAGGUUGCUCUAUUUCCCUAACAGCCCAACACCUAUUGCUAACUGACCUACCGAAGGGGCUACCUAAAGCUGUACAAAAACUCUUAUUACAUAUCAUACUGACAGUGCAGCGAUCAAUCGCUCAAAGUUGGAAACAAACAGCCACCCCCCCAUGUACAACGUAUACUCACAGAUCUGGAUUCACAAUGCUCGUAUGAGAAAGGAUUAAAAACAUUAUUCCCACCUAAUCCUACUUCCUUGGAAACAUGGGAUAUGUGGGACUCAUGGAGAUCACGUAAUAAAUGAAUGUGAAUGUACCUAUAACUGUGAAUGUACCUAUAAAUUACUGUGUAUGCACCUGUCGGGUGCAGGCGAUUGUACAUACCAGGUGGGCGACAAUCAGCAAUCAGCAAACCACCGGGAGGACACGGAGAGAGAGAGCUAGCAGUGAUAAUUAUUAUUAGGUCUCCCCAUAGGGAUACGCUAAGGGUACGACCGCAGUACUUUGUCCUAUAGAGGAAGCAGAACAUACUGUUUGAUAGGUAUAGAAUGUGUAUGUCAUAUGUAUAUAUUGUGUAUAUUGUAUAUAUUUUAAUUGCCAGUUGUAUAACAGUGGAUACAGUGCAUUGAUGGAAUCUAUUUUUUACCUCCCACGCUCGAAAACAAUAAAAAUUGUCAAAUUAAAAAAAAUAAUAAUAAUCCACUGUCACCUGGCUAGUUUUCCCCCAAUAUUACUUAGGGCCCCCACCUGCCGCUAAUGGCUGGGUAGGAACAAUAGGUUUCCCCUCAUUAUUACUUAGGGCCCCAAUUCACCAGCAAUGGGUGGGGGCUCGGGUCAAACAAUAGGUUCCACCCCAUUAUUACUUAGGGCCCCCACCUGCCACUAAUGAGUGGUGGCCGUAGGGGGCACUAAGGGCCUACACCCGCCAGCAAUGGGUCAGGGUUGGGGGGGCACUAGGUCCCCUGUUUUUGUUAUUCAUUCGGUGCGCAUUCAUUCGUUCGACUUAGUGAGCAGAAAGAACAAAGGCACACCAAAAUAAUGAGCAAUUUGUCCAUUCGGAUGAAGCAUUCGGUCUUUUGAAUUACAGACAGUGUAAUACAAAAGGCCAAUUGUGAAUUGUGAAUGUUCAAAUUAGUUUUUUGCAUUUUUCACACACAAACCAAUAUUAACACUAACUUUGGCCAGUGUUUGUGACCAAGUGGCUACUAAAAAAGACUGACAUACCCCAUUUGCAAUACCUUGGGUUGUCUACAAUUGCAAAUGGUAUGCCAUCAUGGGGGUAAUUCUCAUUCCUGGGCUACCAUACAGUCUCAAAGGCAACGUACCCAAUCUGGCGAAUUUCAAUGUGAAAAAACCUGAAAAAUGUAACAUGCUAUAUUUGACCCUGUAACUUCCCAAAACGCCAUAAAACCUGUACAUAGGGGUACUGUUUUACACGUGAGACAUCGCUAAAUACAAUUAUGUGUAUUUUAUUGCAGUAAAAGCAAACCGUAUUACGACAUUCACAGUUAAAUGUCAUGUAGAACUAAAAUUUUUUUUAAAAAUUUCUUAAUUUCUCACCUUUUUUUCUAUAUUUUAUUCAUAUUAAAUUAUGUUUCAUAGCUAAAUAUUUGUUAUAUAAAAGCCCUGUUUUUUUCUGAAUAAAAUGAUAUAUAAUAAGUGUGGGUGCACUUAAUAUGAAAGAGGUAAAUUACGGUUGAACAGCAUAUAGCGCAAAUGCCAGGUUUUGUUUACGUUUUAUUUUGAUCAAAACGUGUACAUUUGGCCCAGUUCUUAAGGGGUUAAAAUGAUUUUACUCAACAAAAUUUGAGUAUUUUCAGAAUAUUAAAUAAUUUAAAAAAUGUAUCCAACAAUAUUAAAUAAUUUAAAUGUAUCCAACAAUAUUAAAUCAAAGCCCAAGUUGGUUAUUAAUAAUGUCUAGACCCUAUGAAACACUUGAAAACUAAAGACAGCUAAAUAUACCUUUAGUGGUUAAAAUACUUUGACAUUAUUAGUAGCUGUUUCAUGAAAUUAAAACGGGCAGGAAAUCAUAAAACAUUUGAUUUAUAGAUGGUUUCUAUAAGAUUGGAAGUUUCCUAUGUGUAAUUAUACAAACAGUAUAAAAGUAUACCAUUUAUGUCAUUUCACACAUUAAAUACCAACAGAAAAUUGUGAAGCAUAAAUCUCCAACCAGUUUAGAAUUAUCUAAUAAACUGACUUAAUUUAUUGAUCUAGGUCCUAUUUUUUUUUUUUUUCUUGUUGUGUUUUUUUUUUUUUAUAUAAAUAUACCAUAUAGCUUGUAAGACAUCAGCCCAAAGUGAGUUUAGAAAUAGCUUAUCCCUUGCCCCCUCCAAAAUUAAUAAAUACAUUGGCCAUUCUGUGGUCCUUAGAACUUAGCUACAGAUAGCCAUCUACCUUUCCAACUUAAACACUCUGAAGUCACAUCAUUGGGUGGGUACAGUGUCUCUAAUGCAUUUAGUGCUGCAGGGUAAAACAUUACAGUACCAAAGAAACUGCAAUGUUUACAUAGUAGCACUAAGUCUGCCCACAGUGGAUUCUACCAGACAGCCACUUGGAGGGCUUCCUGGAUUAGAACGGACCUUUGGUCCGGUGUCUGACGCUACACAGUUUUGUAUUCCUGGCACUAUAGUAUCCCUUUAACUAUUGGAGAUGAGAAGAGAUAAUGUUCACUUUGGCAAACCUAGCCACUUUAGGUCAUACUGCUUAACAUCUGAAGGUUGUCUGUAAAAAGCUGUGUUAAUUCUGUGUAUGGAUGUAUUUGUGUAUUUCUGUAAGAGAGAGCAGUCGUAUGCUUACAGCCGAAAGCUGCUAGCAUUCAUAUGGUAGUUUCACGAACAGUGACUUUAUACACUAUUCGUGAAACGAAUAAAGUACCGAAUGGUAGCCCACACACACAGGGUCGUGUGGCUCCCAUUAACCGAUUGCAACAUUGUAGCAAUCGGCGGAUAAUUGCUUUCCUGGGUGGCCGUCGUUUGGCUACCGACCAUAUGGCGGCCGGCCAUCUUGGAUCCUUUGUUAUCCCAGUGGUGUUUGGUCGUUGAGCGCCUGGAACUAAAAUCGGCCACUCGACGGUGCGAACACCGCUGGACUUCCAGGCCGUUCAGGAGCACCGGCCUUCGGUACUUUGUUCCCCCAUAUGUAUUCGGUACUUUUAAGGGGAAUGUAAUAUAACUUGUUUCGUGCGGCGUUCGGUUAUUUAUGCUGGCAUCUGAGCGGUACUUUCACAAAGUGUGCGCUCAGACCCCAGCUAUCUACCGAACGGUCAUUCGGUAUAAUCAUAUGUAUAAUAUUAAAGUUAUGCAUUUUUGUGUAAAGUCAGUUCUACUGUACGGAGGGAUAAACCACUUAACAGGGUAUUCUAGUGGGAGUAUCCCUCUUUUACAGCAGUGCAUGGUGGGAGAGAUGUCCUGUAUAUUCAGUUCCCCAUGUAGUCCUCUACUGUAUAACCCCUGUAAAGUGACUAAGGAAACCCCUUGCAUAGGGAAUCAAAUAAAUACUGGAGCUGUGAAUAAAAUCGUCAGACUCCCAGAACUGUGUUUCGUCCGGUUACUGGGGGAUUUGGGACAUUGCCUUCAUUUCCAGCACUUUACUUGGAUCACUUUCUGUACCAGCGAAGAUAUUGGGAUUUAACAUUGCAGCUCCGCUACAUUCACCUUCUCUGUAAAUCUGCCAACACUGGGACUAGGCGUUACUGCAGUUGUGUUCAAUGUUAAACGGCAGCUGUCCCACGUAACUCAAGUCUACGAAUGUUCCACCUAGUCAGAUGUUUCCAUUGAGUUGAGCUCCUGAGCAAAGACCACUUGAAGUCAACGGACUAAAAUCCGUUUAAGAAGUAAAAAAUUGUUGAGCAUUAUUACCUAACAAUUAUCAGAGUGCACUCAAAUUGAGCCCAGGACUCCCUGAGAUGUACCCUAUAUCAAAUGCUGAAACUCAAAGAGUGUAGUUAAACCCCUAAAUGUGUUGUCUUUACAUACAUAGCAUCUAAUAUCAGCACAGUAUGUAAAAUCUGUUGUGAUGAUUUUGGAUUGUAAACACAUAUGGUUGUUACACUUUAAAAAUACUUGCGCUGUUGUUUUCUGUGAAUGUGUUAAGAACUUUAUAGCACCUGUAAUUUUAUUACCCUUUUUUCCACAUUAUGUGGUGUUUACUUCAAGUAUCCAUGGCUUUAACUGCUAAAUAAUAAUAAUUACAAGCUGCCUUAUAUACAUUGUACAUCCAUAUUGCUAGGUGUAAACUUGCCCUACAAUAAAGGCCAAUAGAUUAGUUGCUAAAUGGUAUCUUUUUAGGAGAUCAGUUACUUACUGUAUAUGUGUUAGUGUGGCAUGCCUGGUUAUUCAACUUCUAAUGUAUAACAUCAUAGCUUAUUCAUAUCAAUGUUGCCUGUCCAGUGGCCUUCAAUGCAUUUAUACAACUCUUAGACUGCUUGAAAAAACCCUAAUUGUUAAUAUACAACAUAAUUUCUCAGUCAGGGCAAGGCUUAGAGGGCGCAAUGGCACAAGGCGCAAUGGCAGCGGGGGUGCUGGGCGGCCGACAUAGCUCACAAACACAGAGGCUGGAAGACAGCAGUGCAGAGUUUCAAAAACCUGCUGCGAUUAGGGGGUGGAGCUAAAUAUACACUGGGUGGAGCUAGAAGUCAAGGCUGAGUUUAUUGAGCAAUGGUGGCAAAGCUAAAUUCAGCAAGAACCUGCUGCCCAGUUACCCCAGUUAUUGCUUCCCCAACCAUUAGACACCAGGGACUGCAGUGCUUCUGCUCCAACUCUAAUGCACAAAAUGGACGGAGGUAACUGUGUGUAACUGUCUCUGUAAGUGUAUGUUUAUGACUAUCUGCCUAUUACUAUGUACUGUGUAACUGUUUGUGUGUGUGCAGGGCCUUAGGUCUUUAGGUGCCCUGUGCGGAGAAUCUUCACAGCGCCACUCGCAGGUCACACCCGCUCAUCCAUGUAUAGUGUGUUUAUGUAGGGUUGUAGUGUUUGUAUAGGGGCUUUAUUAAAUGACUAAUUUAAAGGGACAUUAUAGUCACCUGAACAACUUUAGCUUAAUGAAGCAGUUUUGGUGUAUAGAACAUGCCCCUGCAGCCUCACUGCUCAAUCCUCUGCCAUUUAGGAGUUAAAUCCCUUUGUUUAUGAACCCUAGUCACACCUCCCUGCAUGUGACUUGCACAGCCUUCCAUAAACACUUCCUGUAAAGAGAGCCCUAUUUAGGCUUUCUUUAUUGCCUAUUUAGGCUUUCUGUUUAAUUAAGAUUUUCUUAUCCCCUGCUAUGUUAAUAGCUUGCUAGACCCUGCAAGAGCCUCCUGUAUGAGAUUAAAGUUUAAUUUAGAGAUUGAGAUACAAUCAUUUAAGGUAAAUUACAUCUGUUUGAAAGUGAAACCAGUGUUUUUUUGUUUUUUUUUCAUGCAGACUCUCAGUCAUAGCCAGGGGAGGUGUGGCUAGGGCUGCAUAAACAGAAACAAAGUGAUUUAACUCCUAAAUGACAGUAAAUUGAGCAGUGAAAUUGCAGGGGGAUGAUCUAUACACUAAAACUGGUUUAUUUAGCUAAAGUAAUUUAGGUGACUAUAGUGUUCCUUUAAAUUCAAAAAAAUUAAAAAUGAAUUCCCUGUUGUUACCUUGAAGGGACGGAGGGUAGCAUGCUGAUUGCUGAAGGUCAAGCUAGGAACCUGGUGUGUGCCUCUGUGAUAUUUGUUCUAGGUGUAUUUACUGUGUGUGAUAUAUGUGUGCGUAUUGUGUAUUGUGUAUCGUAUUGUGGUGGGUAUUUAAUUCAGAUUUAAAGAAAACAAAAACAUGUAGGCCAAUGUGUGAAUGCAGGUGUGUAUUUUUGCAGUGUCACAUGCACACAGUCCCACAGUCAGAUGAACGUAGUUAUACACAUGUGCUGUCAAAUUCAGCCACAUGCACACAAUCACACACACACAGCUACAGAAAGACCGUCACACACACAGUUACAGGCAGCCUCACACAAUCACAGGCAGACAGUGACAGAAAAAGUUACAGGCAGAUAGUAACACACACAGUUACAGGCAGACAGUCACACCCAGUGGGUUACCGUUGCCCAACUAAGUACUUCUGGACAGUGUACUGUUCAACUCCUAAAAAUUUUGGAUAAUUCUAUUAAGACUGAAAAUUAUCAGAUUACUACAGUCAGUGAUGUAACUGCUUAGAGAGGUACCAUAAUGUGCAUAAUUUGGAGGGCCACUUCAGCCCCCACUGUUGAAUUUGCCUCCAUCCAUGUCAAUGCAUGUCAUGUUUAAUGAGCUGUGUAUUUAUUUAAUAAUCAUUUAUGCAUUAUGAUGUUCUUUGGCUCACAAGGUUCAUAUUAACCUAUUUAAAAACUUCAUAAGAUGAUCUAACUGUGACGAGACAAAAUCAAGAAAAAUGUUCUUUCCUGUCUUCUGUGUUGGAUUAAAUGUUCUUAGCAAAUUAUCAAUUAAGUUUUCCAAAGAAAUACUCUAACAAUUUUUAAAAACAAAGUAUUUAUUUUUAUUUAAAAAUGCAUUUUGUGCUUUUUAAAAUAUUUGUUACCUCAUGUUUAUUUUUGUACUGAAAUAAAACAACUUACAUUUAAUUUAUGUUGAGAGACAUACAUUCUGCUUAAAUGAAACCAUUAAAAUAAUUUUGAUGUUAAUAUGCUGAUUAUCAGAGUACAAUCCUAAAGGUUGAUCCUUUAUAAAUUAUAUACCAAAUAUACGGCUGGCCUUGGGCACAAAAGGUGACGUCACAAAAUGCCACCACUCUUAGUGGUAAAAGGUGAAAGACUCGCUCAAAAAUGUGUCACAUUUGGCAACACUUAAAGGGACACGAUGGUAACCAAAACUACUUUAGAUUAAUGAAGCAGUUUUUGUGUAUAGCUCAUGUCAUUGCUCAAUUAUCUGCCAUUUAGGAGUUGAUCACUUUGUAUGCAGCCCAAAGUACAUCUUCCUGCAUGUGACUUACAAAGCCUUCCUAAACACUUCCAGUAGCGAGUCAUCUAAUGUUUACAAUUCCUUUAUUGCUAAUUCUUUUAAUUUAGAAUGUCUUAUCUCCUCCUCUGCUAAUAGCUUGCUAGACCCUGCAGGAGCCUCCUGUGUGUAAUUAAAGUUCAAUGUACAGAUCAGGAGAUAAAGUAAGUUAACAACUGAUUGAAAAUAAAACAUUUUUUACAUGCAGCCUGCAUUAGUCACAGACAGGGGAGAUGUAGCUAGGGAUGCAUAAACAGAAACAAAAGUUAUUUAACUCCUAAAUGGCAGUGAAACAUUAGCAUUAUCUAUAUACCAAAACUGCUUCAUUAAUCUAAAGUUGUUUUGGUGACUAUAGUGUCUCUUUAAGUGCUGGCUGUGGAAAGAACUUUUAUAUAUGCAAUUAAAAAAAACCAAAAAAAAAAAACCUGGCAAAUAUUUACUUCUUAUGAGAAUUAUUUGAUUGCGUUUUCUUGUAGUGCUAAUAAAAUUAUGUGGAAUAAUUCCUUAUCUUUAAAAAAGCGACUAUAGUAGACUUGCGUCAAAUUAUGAACACACACAUUUUAUAUUUAUAAAAUAUUAAAUACAAUAUAUUUAAUUUUAUUUUUUUAUACUGGCAAUUUAAACGUAGCUUGCUUACUUGGUCAAAGGAGCGUGGCAGGUGUAUGUAAAAGGUGGGGGAAGGUUGGAGUAAAUGCUUUAAUACUUUAGAGUGACCCAGAGGGGUUAUGUCUCUAAACUCAUGAUGUGUUCCAUGUCUUAGAUAAGUGUCAACGUAUCCAUUAUGUGUCAUGGCCUUGUAACAAGACACAGGACAUAGCUAAGGGGUUCCCAAGAUUUGGUGUCACUGUGGUAUUUAUGGCCUGCAAGUAAUAAUUAAAGUACCCACUUUAAACGAGAGAAAUCUCAAUGUAUCUUUCCUGGUAAAAUAUUUUAUAAAUAAAUAAAAUAUUAAUUCCCUCGGUGUGCUUUAAAUUUCAUAGUAAAAUUAAGCUAAAUAUUUUAGUCAUUUUUAAAAGGAAUAUUUUUUAAUUUGCUAUAUGUUUAAGGUUAGAGACAGGAAAAUGGGAAAUAUGAGAUUUAACAGUAAACUUCAUGCUCCACAAAUCCAAGAAUCCAUCUGAACAUCAUGGAAAAAUAUCAGCGUUGUCCAAAUAAAUAAAAUAAAUUUCCCUCAUAGUUCAAACAUUUCAAGAGGAAGUGGCAAAAGACAAGGAAACUCACCCAAAUCUCACUUUAACACAUCUUUGUGUGAGCGUAUCUUUGUAUUAUAGUACAUUCAAAUAUUUUUUUUCCUACAGUAUGGACUGUGAAGAACUGAUUGCACCAAACAAGUAGAUGUUAAUUUGUGAUGUGCAUUCUCAUUCAUAUUGCAACAAUUUUUUUUUUUUUACCAAACAUUUUAUUUCACCAUUUUGAACUAUAUUAUAAAUUACAAUAUGGAGGUCUGUUGCUGAUCAAUGAUCAAUGAAAUGUGGGAAAUGUAAAAUGGAUAUUUUGACUUAAAAGGAGCAGAUUCGUUAGUUAAUUUAUUUAUCUGACAUAUUUCAAAUAAUGGCACAACAUAUUUAUUGUUACUUAUUUCCUUUAUUGUACUAUCAGUGUCUCGUUGGGGAGCAGAUGGUGUCGGGUACCAGGAGCUGAAGUCCGAGCUGACGGCACUACCAGCUUCUAGGAUGAAUCCGGAAAGCCACUCGGUUCUCGAAAGUUCAGAAAACAAAGGCAUUGGGGGUAAGACUUUUCAUCGAUGACUGCCAACAUGGCUUAGAAAAGCUUCUGCUAGCACCACACCCAAAAACUAGUUACAGUGAAUGUUCCAUUACUGAACUCCACAGGACAACUAAAAUAAUAAUUAACACCUCAUCUGACUGAAGGGUGAGAAUAUGUACAUACAUCAUACUCUUAAAGUGUAGUUUACGUAGGAUUAUCUAUGACAUCAAACAUUACAAGUGUGAAUGUGAUCAUGAUUUGUGUUCAUUAAACUUUAGUCUUGAAGAUACGUUUUGGUAAUCUACGUCUCUAGAAGCAGUUGCAUAAAAAAUCUUCAUGGAAAUUGCAUUCUUAAUUCUCAAGUGUUUAACAUUCAGAAACCCUUAAAGGGUUACUCCAAACAUUAUAGCCAUUACAGCCUGGUUAUGAUGCCAAGGGUACCCUGGUGCCAUCAAAGGGGCAAACUAUUUUGCCUCUUGCCCAGUUUCCCCCCAGUAGCAAAUCAGAUGCCUCCUGCAGGCUAAUUAAUUCUGACAUUCAUUGGCUGAGACCGUCCCUUGUGCACUCUCAGCCAAUUAGUCAGCCCAGAGCUUUUAUUCUUGGCUAGCUAAUAAGAGCUGCUUGAGGUAGAUUUACACCUUCAGCGGCAAUAUGAAAUAUCUGUGUAUGCAGUAUUUCAAACUGAAACAAUGCUAUACAGAGUACAUGUACCACGAUGACUACUAUAAAACAUUGAAGUGGUCACAGUACAUAGAGUACCUCUUUAAAACUGUAAUAUUGGCGUACAGUAAUUUCCAUGUUUUUUUUUAUUUUUUAAUGCAGCUGUGAUUACUAAGAUGCAAUGGUUUAAGGGUGUGUAGGCGCUACCAAAUUGCAGAUUACAAAAGGACUGGUGUAGUAUCCCACAACACUUAAAAAUAGACAAUAGAUAAAUAAAUAAAAGUCAAUGAAAUACAAAUAGCAAACUGUAGGUACAUAUAAUAAACCCCUAUCUAGGAUGGAACUCACAGGAUACAGAGCCGUCCCAGGCUCUAUAUGUCCCUCCUGCACAUCAUAUAGAGCCUGGGACGGCUCUGUAUCCUGUGAGUUCCAUCCUAUAUAGGGGUUUAUUAUAUGUACCUACAGUUUGCACUAUGUUUUUAUAUGUUUGUUUUCUAGAUUGAUCCUGCUAUUUGUAUUUAGUUGACUGGCGCAGUAUUUGUUUUAUUUAUCUAUUGUGAUUGUUAAGAUGCAUUGUGGCAGACUGGUCACAUGGAGAGGGAGCACCUGCAUUCUAUAAAUUAUUACUUACCUAUUUUGGGCUCCAAGAUGGAUCUGAGUGACUGUGGGAACUUGGCUGGAGACAUAGAAACAUAGACAUAGAAAAAUAGAAUGUGACGGCAGAUAAGAACCAUUCGGCCCAUCUAGUCUGCCCAAUUUUCGAAAUACUUUCAUUAGUCCCUAGUCUUAUCUUAUAGUUAGGAUAGCCUUAUGCCUAUCCCACGCAUGCUUAAACUCCUUUACUGUGUUAACCUCUACCACUUCAGCUGGAAGGCUAUUCCAUGCAUCCACUACCCUCUCAGUAAAGUAAUACUUCCUGAUAUUAUUUUUAAACCUUUGUCCCUCUAAUUUAAGACUAUGUCCUCUUGUUGUGGUAGUUUUUCUUCUUUUAAAUAUAGUCUCCUCCUUUACUGUGUUGAUUCCCUUUAUAUAUUUAAAUGUUUCUAUCAUAUCCCCCCUGUCUCGUCUUUCCUCCAAGCUAUACAUGUUAAGAUCCUUUAACCUUUCCUGGUAAGUUUUAUCCCGCAAUCCAUGAACCAGUUUAGUAGCCCUUCUCUGAACCCUCUCUAAGGUAUCAAUAUCCUUCUGAAGAUACGGUCUCCAGUACUGUGUACAAUACUCCAAGUGAGGUCUCACCAGUGUUCUGUACAAUGGCAUGAGCACUUCCCUCUUUCUACUGCUAAUACCUCUCCCUAUACAACCAAGCAUUCUGCUAGCAUUUCCUGCUGCUCUAUUACAUUGUCUGCCUACUUUUAAGUCAUCAGAAAUAAUCACCCCUAAAUCCCUUUCCUCAUAUGUUGAGGUUAGGACUCUAUCAAAUAUUCUGUACUCUGCCCUUGGGUUUUUACGUCCAAGAUGCAUUAUCUUGCACUUAUCCACAUUAAAUGUCAGUUGCCACAAUUCUGACCAUUUUUCUAGUUUACCUAAAUCAUUUGUCAUUUGGCUUAUCCCUCCUGGAACAUCAACCCUGUUACAUAUCUUAGUAUCAUCAGCAAAAAGACAUACCUUACCAUCAAGACCUUCUGCAAUAUAACUAAUAAAAAUAUUAAAGAGAAUGGGUUUAAGUACAGAUCCCUGAGGUACCCCACUGGUGACAAGUGAAGCAGAAUGGAUCACAAGACCAAAAAACAAAAAGCAGAAAAGCUGUGGCAGGGACUAAGCAUCGGACACCUCCUGCAGCAAGCACACAGGGCAGCAGGGCCUAAGAUGGUCACCUAUCCAGAGACAUACUCUAAAUUCUCAGAUAAGUUGUCUAUUGAGGAGGAGGCUGUUUCCUUAUCCAUCAUGCCUAAUCUGGCAUCGGCUCUCCCAAGUCCAGAAAACUCACCGAUAACAACCACAGUCCUGAAAACAUUACUGACAGACCUAGAAAGAACUAUCCAGUUUGAUGUAGCUGUACUUCGCUCUGACAUACUGGGUCUGACAGGGUGACUGGGGGCUUUGAAACUACCUCCAGGGAUUGCGUAAGCCACCUUGUUACAAUGCAACAGGUGGUCCAGAGGCUUCAAUGCCAAAAUGAAGCACAUGAUCGCUGCUUUACUGCACUGGAGGAAGCACAGUGCAAAAAAUAACAAAGCUUCGGGGCAUUCCGGAAGAUACUCCGGUGGCCGAAAUACCGCAUCUCCUACGACAUCUCCUGGCAGAGCUGCUGUCUCCUCGGCAGGCCAAGACGGUGGGACUGGAUGGUUACUUCCAAGGCCCAAAGCCCCAGCCACAGCACCUCGUGACCUAAUUAUUCGUUUCCAGCAAAAUAAGGACAAGUAUUGGCAGUGGUUUGGGAACGCUCACCUUACCAAUUUGAAGCCAUGUCACUCACCUUUUAUGUAGACCUCUCCCGAGGUACAAUGGCCUUGUUGAGGACAAACAUCUGGUACAACAUUUGCGAGGGGCCUCAACAUUGCUGACUAAGCUGGGACUCUUUCAGGGCUCCCUAAAUCUUACUGAGACUUGAAGAACAGCCCGACCGCAUCCCCGCAUAUCCGGAUAAAGUGGCCACCUUCAUCCCGAGACAACCCGGGCAAGACCUGCAUGACACAGUUACCAAGUAAACAUCCAACGGUUUUUAGCAGUGGUCUUCUUUUGUUAGUAAGGUUUUAUUUUUCUUUAUGUUUCACCAUUUAUUCCAUUUACGGUAGGUAAAGCUAAGCUUAGCUCUCUCUACCCCACAGAUUGAUUGGUCUCUGGACAAACUAAUAAACCUCCCCCCCCCACCCCCACCCCCUGCCUGCUUAGGGUUUAGAGGAAUUGUCACUCUCAGUCUUGACACAGCCAGGCGUAAUCAUUUACACCUCCAGGUACAUCCCAUACCUAAUAGUUCCUGAAGUAACAAUGUUAUGCUAACAUGUAAAAUAUGUAGAUUUCGCUUAAAUGGCCAUUAAAACAGAGAUGUAUCCUGUUUGGAUUGCCAUUAUUCUAUCUUUCUUUAAAAAAGAAAAAAGAAAAAUGAAAUCCCUCAUUUGAAAUGCAUAUUAUAUGUAUGAUUACUACACUGUAUUGCCUGUCAUGGUGAAUGCUUUUAUUUUAUUUUCCUAAUGUCUUGAUUGAACCAAAAUUUAAAAAAAAAAGGAUGGAAGGUAAAUAUGAACAUUUCUCAUGCACAAUAUGCUCUAUAAAUAAUGUAUUCUUUAUAUUUUCUACAUUCUUUAUAAACAAGUGGCCAGAAAAAAAUAUUAACAUUUUUGUGAGUUCUCCACAUCAUGGUAGGAAGAAGGAUGUAUAACUUAUGAGCAGAAUUUAGGAGUCCGCAAGUCCCCCAACCCUCAAGUUUAUCAAAGGCAUUUAUGAAUAAUGUUUGCACCAAGUCAAGAGUAUUGUGAGAAGUUCAGAGAACCAUUAAUUUUAAAGGCACUUUAAGCACCUAGACCUGCUGUCAUAUAGUUGGACAGACUAAUGCAAGUUACAUGUUCAUUGUAAGUUAGCCACAACAGAGCCCUGUUUUUGCCAGAGCAAUAUAAAUUGAACACCAUAAUGACUCCAAUGAGCUUUAAUAGUUAUGGCACUUAGAGUACCCAUCUAAUGGAAAGGCCACAACCAAAUUGAACAAUACUGGAUUGGAGCUAGAAAGUUAACACAAUGCCACAUGUAUUUUUUUUUUUUUUAAGUUACUAUACCUUUACGUAAUACAUUAUUUAUUUAACAAUGUCACCAGUAGAUAUAGUGCUACUACAAUUUAGUUACUUUUCACAACAAAAUAUACAGCAAACAUAAUAUGAUCGCCAAACAGAAUAUUUUUUUGUUUACAGGAAGUUGUGGUGAGCUCACAUGGGUUGGAGUACCCAGUACAUUCCGAAAGGCUGAUAGCAUUGCUGGAAAAUAUGGGGUGUGGAUGAAGGACCCUGAGCCGGCCUCCCCAUUUACCCGAGACACCAUCUGGAGGAUCAAUACUGUAGGAGCAGAUAUACGUCAAGUUAUGGAAUAUGAAAAUACGGAUCAGUUAGCCAAAGGAUAUCCAUCAAAAGUUUAUGUCCUGCCUCGGUCCAUGGAGAGCAAUGGGGCUGUUGUUUAUAGAGGCUCUCUGUACUAUCAACGUCGCAAAUCAAGAAACCUAGUUAAGUAUGACUUCAAAACAGAAUCGGUUGCAGUUCAAAAGGAGCUUCCCAACGCUGGUUACCAUGGGAAAUUCCCUUACUCUUGGGGUGGCUAUACAGACAUUGACCUUGCUGUUGAUGAGAUGGGUUUGUGGGUGAUUUAUAGCACAGAGAAUAUGAAAGGGUCUAUAGUCAUAUCCCAACUGGACCCUACAACUCUUGAUGUUAAGCAGAGCUGGGAGACCCCCAUACGCAAACAGUCAGUGGCCAAUGCAUUUAUGAUCUGUGGCACGCUGUACACUGUUGGGAGUUAUUCCUCGUCAAGUACCACAGUCAACUUUGCUUUUGAUACUCACACAGGUGUUCAGCGCCAGAUAAGUGUCCCCUUCCAGAAUCAGUAUGGUUAUGCUAGUAUGAUUGAUUACAACCCGAAUGAGAAGAAAAUUUAUGGUUGGGAUAACUUCAACAUGGUGGCCUACGAUGUUAGGUUGUCCAAGAUGUGAACAUCCAUAGAUAUAUUAUGUAAAAGGGUAGGGUGGGAUGACAGCUCGUUAGCAUGGAGUGCUUUAAGAAAAAGGGUAAUGCUGCGCCACUUAUAAAGUCAAGAACAAAGUGAAAAGCAACCUCUGUACAUUGUUCCCUUAUUAUUCUCUGUGCUUUGGUCAUUGGAUAUCUCCCUCUCAGGCAGUAAAGUACCAUCUAAUGGCGUUGGAGCGAAAAAGAAACAAAUGCUUUGUACAACUUUGUUACAUUCAGAGCUGCUAAAUCUUUAAGGAAAACUUGCAUAUGGCAUAUUUAAUAUCUAGUAUAAAGAUAUCAUUGCCUUUUUUGUGGUAGAGGCCUUGUAAAAUUGCAUAUUUUUAGUACAACUAGGCCAAUAAAAGUUUUUAAAUGCAAGUGUGUGUGAGAUAGGCAAACUUUCAAUAUUGAUUGUAUAGAAAUCUAAAGAAAUAACCUGCAGUUAUGUAUAGCACUAUUAAUGUGUAGUUAAAGGGAUACUACAGACCCUUAAAGUACUUUAACUCGCUGAAAAGUUUUACAUGAGAAGUGGGUCCUUUUUUCCCCCCCAAUUUGCAAAAAGUGCAGAUUUCAGUAGAAAUUUUAACACUUUUAGAAGUCAACCUUGUUCCACCCCCUUGACUUUCAGACAACUAGUUCCGUUACUUCCUAAAGUCAAGAGGCAGUUAUGCUCAGUGCACCUGCCUUGCAAAGACUUCUCAUUAAGCUGUAUUGGGAAGUCUGAUUGGACAGCCACAUAAAGUGUGGGUUGGGUUACAAGGGGAGCAAACAAGAGAACUGAAGGUUUUGCAAGCUGUAUCCCAAUGGAAAAAAAAUAUAUAUAUACCUAAUUAAAUGCAUAUAAGAUUUCUAUUUGGGGUAUAUCCAUUAGUUAUUUUUAUUUUAUAGUGGAGUGUCCCUUUAAGAUCUUAAUUAUAAAAAAGUGACGGUUAAUUAUAGCUUUCACUGGAUUAAAUGGCCCAUUAUUGCAGCUCUUUGAUAGCUGAUGACUGGAUGUGAACUAUCGCAGACUGUAAUUAAAGUAUUUUGAUCAGUAACCACACAUGCUGGCUACCAAAUAAGAUGCUUGGAUUUGAUAACUGCACUGUGAUUCACUUCUGAGAUGGGUUGCAUUGCAUCUUUUGUCUCUGCUUUAAUCGCUUAAAGAUCAAUGACAUUUGAUCUUUAAUCAGCCAAAUCUUAAAAGCCAUAUAGCAAUGUUACAGAAUGGCAUGAUAAUUAGGAACAAAAACUGCUACACACAAUUACAAGCAAAUGUAUAAAUGAAGGUUGGGGAGUUUAAAGCUCCUUAAUAUAAGGCUUGUAUAAAAAUUAUAAAGUUGGAGAAAAAUUAGUUUCUAUUGAGCUAGAUCAGUGGUUAGUGCUACAGUUGCAGUCAUUUCAGCACAUGUUAAAACUGCAAGUUUGAUACUUGAGUUUUUUAUAAAAAAGGAAUAUGGUUGAGUAAUAAUUCGCAAGAAGAUAAACACGUGAAAACUUGUGAAAAGGAAAAUCGCAUUUUAGAACACUUUGUAAGAUCACGAUAGGACCCAUUUAAUGCCAACUUAUAGAAAGUAAGCUCUAUCAACAGUGCAGUUUUAAACGUCAAAUUCCGGACAAGUCUCAAUUUAUGAACUCUUUUUGAAGGUGGAUAAUAGGUGGGACACUGGAAUAGGUUUGCUAGAGCAGAAACAUUGUCUGAUCGUAACCACUUAGCAAAUAUGAAAAACACUUCCAAUGGUCCUACCGAAUAUUCUUCGCCCUACUAAUGCAUAGGUUUCCCAUUUUUAAUUGUUCAUCUGAUAUUCCUUUCAACAUAGGAUUUAUAAAUAUGGGUAUCUUGCAUGGGUUAUUCUGGCUUUGAGUUAAUGCAUGCAAAUGAACUAUUUAAGUCAGAAGUUGACUAUUUCUCCACCCCCACCCAAAGAUGAAGUAGUAAAUACUGUUCACUUUAUUACAAUCUGUAGUAAACUGCAAAUGUUGCUAAUCUGCAUUAUAUUUAUAUGUAAACAUUCAAGGAUUGCAAACUAUAUUGAGAGCUUCAUUGUUGCAUAUGAAUGGAUAGAUCAAUAAAAAAAAUAUAAAGAGGUG